AAGUGCAUUGUUUACAGUGUUUUCAAGCAUGGCUGGAAUCCCGUCACCCCUUGGCCAUAUAAGAUACAGUGGGUGUUUGACAGUGACAAGACACAAGUGGUCGUUAUGCCGCCAGCUAUGCGGGGCCAAAAUAGACACAAAGUCCAGUUUAUGCAAAUGCUGAAAGAUGCGACAUAACAACUGCCAGUCUGAGUGACGGCAGUGUGACAUGUUGAUUAUAUUAAUUUGUAAUAAAGUGUGGGUAAUGUUAGUAUUACCCCGGUCCUUAUUGCAAUGUUGUCCCUACAAAGUACGAAGUCAAACUAUUUCUCACAUUAAAUUUAUUCAAAAUCUCAGUGAAAAACAGGCCUGGAUUCUGAAGAACUUCUCUCUUGCAGGAGCUUCAUUCAUUCAGAACCCUGAACAAAGAAACUGAAACAGUUUUUAUAAAACACGAUAUGGGCAAGACAAAAGGUGGACCUUAUUUCGCAAAUCCUAACCUUCCUAUCCUUGUCUUGCCUGGCCAUGCAAACUGGAUUGUGUGUGAAAUUGAGAUUUUUGUCAGUAAAAAUGAUUUGGUGUGUGUUUGUGCAUCUCAGAGAUCAGGUCAUUAGUGCAUUUGUACGUCUCGGAGAGCAGGUCUUUAGUGUAUUUCUUAGAAUAACGUCACUAGGAGCUAUUUUUAGCCUUAGGCUGCUCUGUGGAUACAGGCCCAGGUUGUUAGUGUGUCUGUGCCUCUCUGAGAUCACGUCCUUAGUGUGUUUGUGCAUCUCUGAGAUCAGGUCCUUAGUGUGUUUGUGCAUCUCUGAGAUCAGGUCCUUAGUCUGUUUGUGCGUCUUUGAGAUCACGUCCUUAGUCUGUUUGUGCGUCUCUUUGAUCAGGUCCUUAGUCUGUUUGUACGUCUCUGAGAUCAGGUCCUUAGUCUGUUUGUACGUCUCUGAGAUCAGGUCCUUAGUGUGUUUGUGCGUCUCUGAGAUCAGGUCCUUAGUGUGUCUGUGCGUCUGUGAGAUCAGGUCCUUAGUCUGUCUGUGCGUCUCUGAGAUCAGGUCCUUAGUGUGUCUGUGCAUCUCUGAGAUCAGGUCCUUAGUCUGUCUGUGCGUCUCUGAGAUCAGGUCCUUAGUGUGUCUGUGUGUCUCUGAGAUCAGGUCCUUAGUGUGUCUGUGCGUCUGUGAGAUCAGGUCCUUAGUCUGUUUGUGCGUCUCUGAGAUCAGGUCCUUAGUGUGUCUGUGCAUCUCUGAGAUCAGGUCCUUAGUCUGUUUGUGCGUCUCUGAGAUCAGGUCCUUAGUGUGUCUGUGCGUCUCUGAGAUCAGGUCCUUAGUGUGUCUGUGCGUCUCUGAGAUCAGGUCCUUAGUGUGUCUGUGCGUCUCUGAGAUCAGGUCCUUAGUGUGUCUGUGCGUCUGUGAGAUCAGGUCCUUAGUCUGUUUGUGCGUCUCUGAGAUCAGGUCCUUAGUGUGUCUGUGCAUCUCUGAGAUCAGGUCCUUAGUCUGUUUGUGCGUCUCUGAGAUCAGGUCCUUAGUGUGUCUGUGCGUCUCUGAGAUCAGGUCCUUAGUGUGUUUGUGCGUCUCUGAGAUCAGGUCCUUAGUCUGUCUGUGCGUCUCUGAGAUCAGGUCCUCAGUGUGUCUGUGCGUCUGUGAGAUCAGGUCCUUAGUCUGUUUGUGCGUCUCUGAGAUCAGGUCCUUAGUGUGUCUGUGCGUCUCUGAGAUCAGGUCCUUAAGGUGUCUGUGCGUCUCUGAGAUCAGGUCCUUAGUGUGUCUGUGCGUCUGUGAGAUCAGGGCCUUAGUGUGUCUGUGCGUCUCUGAGAUCAGGUCCUUAGUGUGUCUGUGCGUCUGUGAGAUCAGGUCCUUAGUGUGUCUGUGCGUCUGUGAGAUCAGGUCCUUAGUGUGUCUGUGCGUCUGUGAGAUCAGGGCCUUAGUGUGUCUGUGCGUCUCUGAGAUCAGGUCCUUAGUGUGUCUGUGCGUCUGUGAGAUCAGGUCCUUAGUGUGUCUGUGCGUCUGUGAGAUCAGGUCCUUAGUGUGUUUGUGCGUCUGUGAGAUCAGGUCCUUAGUGUGUCUGUGCGUCUGUGAGAUCAGGUCCUUAGUGUGUUUGUGCGUCUGUGAGAUCAGGUCCUUAGUGUGUCUGUGCGUCUGUGAGAUCAGGUCCUUAGUGUGUCUGUGCGUCUGUGAGAUCAGGUCCUUAGUGUGUUUGUGCUUCCUGCCUCUCAUUCACUAUUAAUGUCUCUAAUGCAUUCAGAGCUGUAAAUGUUGCGCUCGCCUAAUGUGUUUUUAAAUGGAGCGUUCUGGCUAAAAGUCUACAUUUCCGAUGGAGAUUAUUUCUUUUCUAAAAGAACUAGCAGCUGCUUUACAAAAUAAAAAGUGUGUUCUUGUAAAUCCACAGCAGAAGACGACCGAUUUCUGUGAUUUGACUGAAAGUCGACAAUAAACGCUCGUUAUUGUAGACAGAUUUUUUUUUUCUUUUUUCCAUCAUAGUUACCGGGGCAACAGCGUCUCAGGUGUGAGAGCAGUUUGUCCUGUUGCACAUUCCUUUGAUCCUUUGUUCACCCUGUGUGUCAAAGUGUCUUUGAGCAAGACACGACAAUGCCCAUCUUCUACCCCAUGCACAGCGGUGCACAGUGCAUAUCAUUGCUUGUUUCUAGUGGAUGCAGUCGUUAUUGUUGCACCCUGCGCCCUUUUUCAUUCAGUGCCAAAUGUAAAGUCCCUUCUGCUUUUAUUAAAGUGUGAUUCGGUACAAAGCCGGCAUGUCACAAGAAAGCAUUUGUGCGUGUUCCCCUGAGAGCAGGUGUGAAGUGUAGAGUGUGCUGCACAGCGCUCGGAAGAGGGUUCUCUGCACACAGAGUGCAGCAGCACAUAACCAGAAGGUGAAAAUUUACACAAAAACAAUAAUGAAACCAGACCUGCAAGCAGGUAUACACAGGGUCGAAGCCCCGUACGCGGGCUCCCUCCCGAGCCCCCGUGAGGACCACGUGACUCAUAACAGUGCAGUUGUGUGAUGUGGGCCUGAUCUGCAGAACCACACGGGCGAUGGUGCUGUCAUGCCAACUUUUCCAUCAAGAGGAGUAACGUUAACUGAGACGGCCGUACUUUUCCAGUAUGUCCACUUUGCUGCACCACAUGUAUGAAGUGUUGUGCACCCAGAUAACUGCAAAUGGACUGCAUUUAUAUGGCGCUUUUCAGUCUGCAUCAGACGCUCAGAGCAUUUUAGAAUGAUGCCUCAUAUUCACACAGAUA